GCUCCUCCCCCCCCUUGGGCCGGCUGCCCUGGUCGCCGGCGCUCUGUCUGGGGAUUUUUCUGGGGCUUUUUCAACCCCUCCCCGGCAGAGGGGGAUCCCUCUCUGCAUCAAGUUCAUUUUGUUGGUGCAUUGUCCAUCUGAUUUCUCUUCGGUGGUUCUUUUUUCAUCAUGGGUAAGGUUCACGGUUCGCUCGCUCGUGCCGGUAAGGUCAAGGGUCAGACCCCCAAGGUCGACCCCGAGGACAAGCCCAAGCCCCUCACUGGCCGCGCCCGCCUCCGCGUCCUCUACAACCGCCGCUGCGUCCACGCUGUCACCAUCCCCGGUGUCAAGCCCCGCAUGAACACCGCCGCCAUCCAGGCUCUCCGCAAGGCCAACUCCGCCCCCCGCACCGAGUAAAAGCGCCUCUGUCACACAUCCUUGAGCUGAUUGCUGUGUGACCCCCCUCCCUCUGGCGGCCGCGCCUCCUGCGGGGGGGGCGGCCCCCGCGCUCCUCCCUUCUCCCCGUGCGCUUCGUCCCUCUCCCUUUCCCCAAAGGCGCGCGCGGCGUUGGCACGUGGGUGGGCGCGGGCGGGGGGAGGGGGUGGCGGUGUUGUAGGGGCGGGCGUGCGCGCGCGCGCGCGCCCUCUCCGCUUCCCCUGGCUGGUGGCGGAGUGUUGUGCGACCCCUUCUCUCCCCGCUAGUGGUGCGGGGGGAGGGGACGCGCGCGUGUAUAUGUGUGUAUCCUCCCCCCUCUCACCUCCCCCCCCUUCCGCGGGGGGUGGUUACACACUUGUGCGUCUCCCUCUCCUCCUCCUGUCACACACUUCGGUGUUGCACUAUACGACCAUUAUUUCUCC